AACUGUAGCAACAUGUCUGCCUCCAUGGUGCGAGCGACCGUCCGGGCGGUCAGCAAAAGAAAGAUACUACCUACAAGAGCCGCGCUGACACUGACUCCAGCAGCUGUGAACAAGAUCAGGUGUUUGUUGGACGGAAAGCCAGAAUAUAUCGGUCUAAAGGUGGGAGUGAGAACACGUGGCUGCAAUGGACUAACGUACACACUGGACUACACUAAACAGAGUGACAAGUCUGAUGAGGAGGUGCUGCAGGAUGGUGUGAGGGUCUUCAUAGAGAAGAAAGCUCAGCUGACUCUUCUGGGAACUGAGAUGGACUUUGUGGAGUCAAUGCUAUCCAGUGAAUUUGUCUUCAACAAUCCCAACAUAAAAGGCACGUGUGGCUGCGGAGAGAGCUUCAACAUCUGAGUGUCACGGAGACUCCGUCCUCCCCCUAACCUUCCCUGCUCCAAACCCUGUCCCAUCCAAAAAAAGACUGAGAGACCCAGUGUUGACGAGGGAGUCGGACAUGAGGAAAUCUCUGAGAUGUGGACGUGCCUGUGUACUCACCACUGCUGUUCCUGCAGACCACUCGCAUUCACACAUCCUUAGUAAGCACGUUGAUGCUUAGAAAAGGGUUUUCAUACAACUAUUGCAUCUUAAUUGAUUUUAGGUUCUCAUUAUUCUGAUGACAGCUGCUUCUUUUUAUUCUCCAUCUGAAAUCCACUCCGGACCUUAGAAAGGAACUCGAUAGCAAAGUGUUUUUAAUUUUAAUGUCUAGCUGCCAUUUUACUUAUAUACGCACAUUAUUUUCAGAAAUUCAGUCAAGUAACAUCCGGAUAUCUUUGCAGGAAAUGGUACAAAAUGGCCCAAAUACAUCCUCUAUAAAGCUGACAGCUGAGCAGGCUGAUGAAACAUUUGAUACUAUUAAGUAUAUUGUUUUUAGGUUUGAAUCAAUCCACCAAAACCCAGAUGUAACAGGUCAAUAGCUGUUGACUAAACACACUGUAAGACAGUGUGCCGUCAUAUAGUCGCGUACCAACAGUAUGCAGAAGUGGACGAGGUUGAGUGUCUUGAAACUGCUGUAUUCAGUUUGUAUAGUCUUUGAAAAGUCAAAAGUAUAUAUUUAUCUCUCUGUGUAAAUAUAAAGAAUGUAAACCUUUGAACCACACAAGCGCACAAGUAAAAAAAGCAACGCACACAACAGGUAUCCCUCACAUAAGAGUACAUAAAGUUUAUGUUGGUUUCUUUUUGCUUGAUCAAAGGCAGACUUUGUAUAGACUGUGCUCUAAAGAUUUGUAACCUGUGCAAUAUGUCUGUGUACAUAUGAAAUAAUAAAGAAAUAGAUAC